CUCUGCUGGAAUGAUAUAAUUAUCAAAUGGUAACUUUAGUGUUCUUUUCAUUUCAGUUGGAAAGUGAGAGUGGUGAUGAUAUGAUACAAAUCACAGUAUCUGAUCCUCAAAAAAUUGGUGAAGGAAUGAGCUCUUACAUGGCAUACAAGGUCACUACCAAGACCAAUAUUUCAUACUUUAGAAAAAAGAACUGGAGCGUGAUGCGUCGGUUCAGUGACUUCCUGGGGUUGCACAGAAAGCUGGUGGAAAAACAUCUACAUUCUGGCCGCAUUAUUCCCCCAGCUCCAGAGAAGUCUGCCAUUGGUACAACGAAGAUCAAGCUUAGCAGUGAUAAAACAACUGACUCUGCCUCAGCGGACUUCAUUGAGAAGCGGCGGGCAUCUCUGGAGCGUUACAUGAACCGCACAAGUGCACACCCAACACUUAGAGCCGAUCCAGAUUUUAGAGAGUUCAUUGAAUUAGGUGAGUGAUCCAAAAUCUUUCAU